CCGCACUCAGCAACAGUCCUUUACUACCCACUCAUUCACAACCAGAAAGAUGGUUAAUCAAUAACCAUGACAUUUAAUGUCGAACUGUAUAAACCAGUGGCGCUGUGCUUCAUCCCUCCAGCACAUGCUCAAAUCUGCAAAGAAAAAACAUCUUUCUGUCAAAUUAAAUGGAGUUUGAAGUGGGUUACAGGCCUCCAAGUGGCGAGCAUUUCGACUUGAACGGUGACAGAUUCGCCGCCGCAAAGCAGGAUGGGUAAGAAUGGGACGCUGAAAGUAUGGCGGAUGGAGAAGAGCCGGAAAAGAAAAGAAGGAGAAUAGCGGCGCUGACUGAGAACAUGGCAGUUGAAGGUUGCAGUAUUGGUGACUGGGAUGGCCGCUGGAGUCAUGUGCAGAAGUUCCUGGAGAGAACUGGCCCCUUCACACACCCAGACUUUGAACCUAGUGAGGAGACAUUACAGUUUCUGUUGGAAACAUGCAAAAUCCUGGUCAUUGGAGCUGGGGGUCUUGGCUGUGAACUACUGAAAAACCUGGCUCUGUCAGGUUUUCGUCAUAUUCAUGUUGUGGAUAUGGACAUCAUUGAUGUCUCCAACCUCAACAGACAGUUCCUCUUUAGGUCCAAAGAUGUUGGCCGACCUAAAGCAGAUGUGGCAGCUGAGUUUAUAAACCACCGUGUUCCUGGUUGUAAUGUUGUACCACAUUUUAAAAAAAUUCAGGAUUUUGAUGCUUCAUUUUAUAGACAGUUUCAUAUUAUUGUUUGUGGGCUGGACUCAAUCAUUGCCAGGCGCUGGAUCAAUGGGAUGCUGGUCAGUUCUGAUACAUCAUGCAUUUAA